GGUUGGGUUGCUCAACUAGUUAUGAGCAGUUUCGACAAUACAACCAAAACGUCCACAUUAAGCUCGUCUUUGAGCACCGACAGUAAAGGUUCAUCGGUCAGCGUUGACGUUACCAACAACAACAAGGAGUGGACUCUGGGCAGCGAUGUGUUUUCAUACUGUCACGAGAUGAGCCCCAUGGACGGUAGGCUGCAGGCAGGGAUGUCGUCCGUCCAAUCCGGGCUGGACGGACACCUGCCGCUUCUACACGCCAGACACCACAGUACCCAGGGUGGGUUGUUGUUGGACCUGACUUCCCCGACAGCCUACCUCGACAGCAGCUCUCUGGAGUACAGCGACAACGAUGGGAACAACGGUCCGUUGUUCGAGAGGAGGAAGAGGUCGAGAUCAAACAGCUCCAGACACCGCUACAACGAGGUGGUCACGGAGCUUGGUGCGGAGGAGGUGCGAUGGUUCUACAAAGAGGACAAAAAGACGUGGAAGCCCUUUGUCGGGCAUGACUCGCUUAAAAUUGAGCUCAUGUUUCGUAAAUAUUGCGAGCUUAACCCUGGUGCAGCAGGCUCCCAGGUCAGCAGAGGGGGGGAGGAGAGCGUUGGUGGGGAGAGCAGAGGGUUGAACGGCGCAGUGCCGGUGGAGACCAGGACCAGCAGUGUGCACGGAGGCCAUGGGUCUCAGGACACAUCCACCGUGUCCUCAGACGAGAGGGACCCUGACAGCAUUGAAAUCGACGUAGAGCGUGUCUGUGUCCGUGGAGGCCUCUAUGAGGUGAAUGUGAAAGAGAGGGAAUGCAGUCCUGUCUACUGGAAGCAACAAGACCAUAUUCCAGUGAUGAGAGGCCAGUGGUUCAUUGACGGUACCUGGCUCCCUUUGGAGGAAGAGGAGAGUGACCUCAUCGAGCAGGAGCACCUGAACCAUUUUCGUGGGCAACAGAUGCAGGACACGUUCGAAACGGAUUUGGUCGUCAGAACGGUCGACAGUAAAGAUGUUCUCUCCCACCUGCCCCCUUUCUACCUCCCUUUUCUGUUCAAAUGGAGUGGAUAUCAGACGAGUGCUAGAACAACAUGUCACAAGCGCAAACGCUGCCAAGCCAUCCACAGUCUGAAGCUGAGUCGAACCCAUGUGGAUUGGCACAGCGUGGACGAAGUCUACCUCUACAGUGAUGCCACCACUUCAAAAAUUGCACGUACCGUCACCCAGAAGCUGGGCUUCUCCAAAGCCUCCAGUAGUGGAACACGGCUCCAUCGAGGUUAUGUGGAGGAGGCCUCCCCAGAGGACAGACCCCCUCAGACUACACACGUUGUCUUUGUUGUCCACGGGAUUGGACAGAAGAUGGACCAGGGACGCAUUAUUAAAAACACGGGAAUGCUGAGGGAGGGUGUGAGGAAGAUGGAGGAGAAGCACUUUUCAGAGCACAAUGAUGAACAUGUGGAGUUCCUGCCUGUGGAGUGGCGCUCCAAGCUGUCUCUGGAUGGAGAUACGGUAGACUCAAUCACGCCAGACAAAGUGAGAGGACUAAGAGACCUUCUCAACAGCAGCGCCAUGGACAUCAUGUACUACAACAGCCCCCUUUACCGGGAUGAGAUUACUAAGGGCCUAACACAGGAGCUAAACCGACUGUACACACUUUUCUGCUCCCGGAACCUUGAGUUUGAGGAAAGGGGAGGCAAGGUGUCCAUUGUGUCUCACUCCCUCGGCUGCGUCAUCACCUACGACAUCAUUACAGGCUGGGAUCCUGUGCGCUUCUGUCUGCAGGAGCACCACGCUGUGGAGGAGGACCUGGACCUACGCUGGAUGUCCUAUGAAGAGAGACAUCUUUUACAGCAGUUGCGGCACACUAGAACUAAGUUACGAGAGCUGGAAAAUCAACUCGAAACCCUGGAAGCCUCUAAACCAUCAGCACCCCCAGCACUCAAAUUUAAGGUGGAGAAUUUCUUCUGCAUGGGUUCUCCUCUGGCAGUGUUUUUAGCCCUGAGAGGGAUCCGCCCUGGUACCAGCUGCCACCAGGACCACAUCCUGCCCACCUCCAUCUGCAGCAGGCUCUUCAAUGUCUUCCAUCCUACAGAUCCUGUGGCCUACAGAUUGGAGCCGCUCAUCCUCAAACAUUACAGCAAUAUUUCACCUGUUCAAAUACACUGGUGCAGUGCCACUAACCCCACACCUUAUGAUGAGAUACGACCUACUUUCCUGAACCCAGUCAAAGACCCAGCAUCUGACACGGAGAGCAUCCCCAGCCCGAGCACUUCUCCAGUCCUGCCCCGAAGGCACUAUGGAGAGUCUAUCACCAAUUUGGGCAAGGCUAGCAUACUGGGAGCGGCAAGCAUAGGGAAGGGCAUUGGAGGCAUCCUCUUCUCACGUUUCUCACGCUCCAACAGCCAACCAUCAGUGUCAUUAGGACUUGAGGGAGUGGUCAACACUGAGGAAGAGGAGCAGAAGCGGACAGAAAGCCAGUCUGCAUACGGUCUCUCCACCUUGAUUCGACCGACCUCACCUACUGCUGACACAUCAUUGGAGCUGGAGCGCCGCAUCGACUUUGAGCUCCGAGAGGGUCUGGUGGAGAGCCGCUAUUGGUCAGCAGUGACCUCACACACAGGCUACUGGUGCUCACAUGACAUAGCACUCUUCCUGUUGACCUUCAUAUACAAGCAGAACGUGCCGUCUGACCCAGCAGAAAAUAACCUGGAGCCAGACUGAGACAGCUCGUUAAUUUCGACACAUACACAGUUGAAUGGUGUCAUCUUUUUCAGAAGAUGCAGAACUAGACUUUUAAGAUUUUUUUUCAUGCAGACAAACUGUUCAAAUACUCUAAUCUUUUUUUUCCUCCUAUAUCUCCCUGUUCUGCAGCUCUUUGAACACUUGGGAAUCAUUAAUGACAAACUGACUCAGACUUUCACUCUUUUUGUGUAGUUUGUACACAAUCUCUCACCCUAAGGGUGACAGUAUCGGACCAGGAACCCCUAAGGAGGUGCACCUUUUGCCAGUAUGACCACAAGCUAUAAGAGUUUAUCGCACUCAGUUCUCAAAGUUCUCGCUUCCUCCCUAAAACGUCAACCAUAACUCAAACAGCUACAGCCUGUUCAUUAAGUGUCCAUGAGUUUCCUAUUAAUCACAGCAUCAAUGCUUCAAUCCAGCCUCUCUCCUACAGACUCAGUCUGGAGCCUUUUAACACAGUUGCCUGAUCCCCGGUCACUGAGGCUGUCAGUUCUGUGUCUGAUCUUUUUCACCUUUUUCUUUGACAUGAUGGAAGCAAAAAUAGAAUUGUCAGGAAAUAGUGGUAUAUCUUUAAAAUGAACCUUUAGCUACGACAUCUGAAAAACUUGCUGACAAGCAAGCGCAAUGCCUUUCAAAGUUAGCCAAACAAUGUAGAAUAUUUCUGUUUAGUUUUUCUGAACAAAAACGUAGGGCAUUAUCCCUUUAAUAAUGUUUUGGAAGUGUGAGGAAAGACAUAACAAAUAUGCUACUUAUAGUUUGUUUUUCUUCCUCUGCUCAUUUUCUUUAAAUGUUCACCUCUUUGUAAGUAACAUAAGUUUGGCUCUUACAAAAGAUAUGCACCAAUUUAAAAAAAAAUAUAUAUAUAUAACAUGCAGAUCACUAAAACAGAAUUUUCUUGCAUCUCACAACUCUAGAUUUUUGCAGUCCCUAUGUGACAUUAGCAGAGGUUUACAGCCACAUGAGGCUUGUAACCUAACAUGCAUAAUGCCCUUAAACAAGGGAUAGACAUGUACAGUUAAUGUCAUACUGACUUUAUGAAUCCAAAUCUACAUUUCUCUGAGUGAUGUCAUUUAAUAGAUGAGGUGUCACACUCAAAACGAUCCCAUUGACUCAAACCAAUUUCAGUCAUUCUAUAUUAAGGAUAAGUUAUGAGGGAAUUCUCAGUGCUCAUAUCUUUUAUAUUGAUAUUUAGAUUCAAUCAGAGGAAUUCAAUGUAUUUUUUCUUAAAAAAACAAUAUUUUUCCUAGCGAUUUUCAGGCUCUUGCAUAUAAAACCUGGAUCUCAUCUUGUGAAAUGGGAUUCAAACUUGUGGCCAAAUAAAAUGUAUGUGUCUAGCUUGUUACGCUGCUCGGCUUCCGUAACGCUAAGUCCAGUUCAUACUCCAUGAAACGGCAGUUGGACUGACAUAAAAGCAGCUUCUUUUUUAUUUUGAAGCUUUUGUGGUACAUUGCAAACAAAAGUUAACUGUCUCGUUCGCCUUUUUUGGUGAGUUGGUGACCAAUUCACACUUUCCCCUUUAGAGAAAUGGAUCUUUUUAUUGUUAUGUGAAAGAAAGGUUUUUAAUUUUAAAACUUGUUUUCCAGCCAUUAGAUAUGUGUAAUUUCCUAAUUGACACUACUUGCAAAUUUACCCCAAAAUUAAGAACAUGUGGACAACUGAAGGCAGCGAAUUAUGAUUUUAGUUUUCUAAAAAAGACACUUUGCUGGUUAUCAUGAACUUUGCCUUGGGUUUGUCAGAGCAUAUAUAAGAACUUUUGUGCAAUAAUGUCCUUUUAGAAACACUCCCAGUAAUGAUUAUGCAGAAGUUAGAAGGCUUGUUCACUUUGCAUGGUAUCAUAUUAACAAUAUGUUGAUAUUGAAACAAGAAGACAUUGCAGAGAGUGCCAACACACAUCUAAAAUCUUUGUGUUCAUCAUGACUAGAAAACUACACAUGAUAAGAAUGAAAUCCUUUAUAAGACAUUUGCAAUGAAUGAAGAAGUGGAACCACCCUCAGAUUAAUGAUUGUGGAAUUACGUGUGAGAGACUUGUUUAUUGUCAGUGUCAAAUUUUCUUUGUGUCCUACUUGUUAAUAUAAUCGUAGUUUUGAAGAGCUUAUUCUAAUUUGCUAUGGUGCAAGCUGCUGCUUUACUGUUCCACACACUCAAGGCCUGUUGUUGACCGAUCCACCAGUGAAUGGAAACCAGUUAUUGUUGUCAAAAGUCUGUGAUGUGUGCAAAAAGCCUACUGACUGAAACCAGACUGCCUUUCAGAUGAUCAGGUGACAGAAAAGUCUGGAUUUAAAAAAAAAAAAAAAAAAAAGCAUGGAUAUAGAAGGGAGAGUGUUUUUGAAAGUGAUUCUGCAUUUGAUCUGGUGGAUCUAGCACAUUCUUCGGCUAUGAAUUGUACACAAAUCAUGUUUAUUCAUUUCUGCUGAGCAUGCGUUACAAUGCAGUGAUGGAUGCAGAAAAGUGGUCAGCGAUUUUAACGUACUUUGUUACAUGGACGGCAUGCAUGCAGUUUACCUUUUUGAGACCUUUAGACAUGUAAUGCAAAAUACAAGGACAGUCCCAUUGUUGCCUCUGCAUCUUUAAAUCACACUGUGUAGGUUCAGACACAGCAAGCACACACUGACAGAGUUUGGACAGACCAGCUUCACAACAACAACAAUGUCUCUGCCAGUGUUUGUGAUUUGACUGUGUGGUUCUAAAAUAUAUAAUGUGAAAUUUGCACAAUUUCCAUUAGAACAAUUCUUGAUUAAAGCACAGAUUUGCAACUGUGCUCACUCUGCCUGCUAAAAAUUUAGCAACUCAACUGGAGAACGUUACAGAGAAAUCUGUUUAGAUACAUUGUAAGUUUCAUUACAGCAUUUUGAAUGAUGACAGUAUAUUUUUCUUGUUAAACGGCACUGCAAGCAUCAGGGAAACAUCUACUGUAACAUGUUAAGUAGAUUCAACACUGUUAACACCAGUUUGAAGCCAUUAUUCAGUAAAAAACAAGUAAUGUUACAAGUGUACCGUCAGUCUUUACAGUAAAUUGUUUAGUUGUUAUUAAGGAAGGGCCUGCAGCCAUAUGUAAUCAGUCACUGAGUGAAAAAGAGAAAUGCAUUACAAUUUGGGUGCUUUGAAUGAACUGUUUUAAAUUUGUGUCAGGCACCACUGUUGCUCUAACUUUGAAUGGAUGUCUGGGAAAGUGUUCUUUGUCUGUCCCUAGAGCUGUGCAAUAACCCAUGCCUGUAAUGGAUUCUAACUGCCAUCCAUCCA